UCGCCCAGGCUGAGGCUCACGCUCCAGCCCGCGGCCGCCGAGGGGGAGAGCGGGAAGGGACACCGCGGUGAGUGUGCCAGCCGGUUCCGGACGCAGGGCAUACCGGCGCGGGAACGGGACAGACGCUGUGGUCGCCCUGCACAGCUGGCGGAAAGAAUGAAUGACAGCGGCUGUGCUCUGGGGCGCCGGGGUCAGGAUUGAUGUUGUGUCCUUAAGAAGACUGGCACAGUUGGUUGCUGCCUGUGACCAUUUCUCUUUACAGCUUAUUUGGCGCAGAAGUCUUCUUUGAAGGAAAGUGCAUGGUUGAAGGAUGGCAGAAGCCGUCGUGAUUGAUCUCUUCGGUUUAAAAUUGAACUCACAGAAAAUCUGCCAUCAGACAUUACUGAAGACAUUGAAUGGUAUCCAUCACCACCAUGCCCCCAAGGCCAAGUUCUUUUGCAUAAUGUGUGGCAGUAACAGCACCAAAGAAAGGGAUGGUGAAAACGAUCUUUCUGACGUGGAAGCAGGAAAUGGAUUUCCACUUCUCACGAGAGAUUUUGAGACUGUUAGCAAUUCCAGUGUGGCGGCCUCUUUGUAUACAAUUAAACAAAAAGUUGAUGAAAAAAAUCUGAGCCACAUUAAGGUGAUUGUACCCGAGCACAGGAGAACGUUCUUGAAGGCUUUUAUCAAUCAGCUCUUCACCGAGGUCUAUGAGUUUGAGUUUGAAGAUUUACAGGGAGCUUGGGGAGAGAGCCUGUUGAAACCCUCCACUGAAAUAAACGUACCCACAACUCAUCAACUAGAGGAAAUCCAAAGUGAAAUAGAAUCGUACUUGAGAAGCCUGCCGACCCUGAAAGGGGACUUAACUAUUAUCACGUCUCCUUUGAUCCCAGAUACUUUCAUCCAUGGAUUUACUACAAGAACAGGUGGCAUAUCCUACAUCCCAACUCUUAGCUCACUCAAUCUUUUCAGUAGCUGCAGACGGAGAGAUCCCAAAGUAGUUGUUCAAGAAAAUCUUCGCAGGUUGGCAAAUGCUGCAGGAUUUAAUACAGAGAAAUUUUAUCGAAUAAAGACCGAUCACGCCAAUGAAGUGUGGGUCAUGGGGAAGAAGGAGCCCGAAUCCUAUGACGGGAUAGUCACAAACCAGAGAGGAGUCACAAUCACAGCUCUUGGUGCUGAUUGCAUUCCUAUAGUCUUUGCAGAUCCUGUGAAAAAGGCAUGUGGGGUUGCUCACUCUGGCUGGAAAGGUACUUUGCUGGGCGUAGCUAUGGCUACUGUGGAUGCUAUGACCGCAGAGUACGGCUGUAACCCGGAAGACAUCGUUGUUGUUCUGGGGCCUUCAGUAGGCCCCUGCUGCUUCACUCUUCCCAGAGAACAGGCAGCCUCAUUUCACGAUCUUCAUCCCUCAUGUGUGCGACAGUUCGACUCACUGAAUCCCUAUGUUGACAUCCGAAAAGCCACCAGGAUUCUUCUAGAACGGGGAGGAAUUCUUCCACAGCAUAUUCAUGACCAGAAGGGAGAUCUUGACCUCUGCACAUCCUGCCAUCCUGAGAAGUUUUUCUCCCACGUCCGCGAUGGGCUUAACUUCGGUACACAGAUUGGCUUCAUAUCCGUUAGAGAAUGAGGAGGACAGAUUCACAGAUCACAGUCCUUUGCACAAGCCGGGAACAGGAACCAAAUCCAGUGGCCAAGAGAGAGCAAGAGAGAAAGUGUGAUUUUGGUACCCAAUGCAACGCCCAACCUGGUCCAGCAUCUUGAAGGCCAUUGACUGAAGGAAUUUCCCUAGCACACAUCCAUCAACUUUCCUACAAAUUUGAUAAUUUCAUUAUAGUUAAAUAAAAUAUUGUAUGUUCUA